UAACUUCGGCUUUACUCGGCUCUAGCAUGGGCUAGACCGGAACGCGCAAUGCAUUGUGGAUGUUCAUGGCCAAUAUUUACAUUUGCGCACUUGAUACGCGGCCGCUUUGAGGAUUUAUUGCACACCAUGACUCUCAUCACCUGUGCUUUACUUUGGCUGUUAUUUGUUUUGGAUGUAAUUUGUGUCGAUAUAAUAUCCAGUUCCUGCUACAAACCAGUCAAGUUCAACAGACCUACGUUUAUUAGAACCUAUCCUAGACCUUAUGAGUACUUGAAUAUCACUGAGCUCCCUGCUGUCUGGGACUGGCGUAACAUUGAUGGGAAAAACUAUGUGAGUGUGACACGAAAUCAGCAUAUCCCUCAGUACUGUGGCUCCUGCUGGGCCAUGGGCUCCACCAGUGCCCUUGCAGAUCGUAUAAACAUCAAAAGGAAAGGCGUGUGGCCGUCAGCUUAUCUCUCCGUCCAGAAUGUAAUUGAUUGUGGAGGGGCAGGGUCUUGUUUUGGAGGCGAUCACCUGGGUGUGUAUGCUUACGCACAUCACAAGGGCAUUCCAGAUGAAACCUGCAACAAUUAUCAGGCCAGAAAUCAAAAGUGUGAUCCGUUUAACCAAUGUGGCACCUGCUCAUUCUUCGGGUCCUGUUCUGUCGUGAAAAACUACACUUUGUGGAAAGUAGGAGACUACGGUGAGGUUUCAGAACGAGACCGGAUGAAAGCUGAGAUCUACAAAAAUGGCCCAAUAAGCUGUGCAAUCAUGGCAACUAAAGGUCUCGAGGCGUAUAAGGGAGGCGUCUUUGCAGAGUUUCAUGUCAUCCCACUCACGAACCACAUCGUAUCUGUGGCGGGAUGGGGAGUCACUGAUGAUGGAAUAGAGUACUGGAUAGUCAGAAACUCCUGGGGCGAGUUUUGGGGUGAUGCAGGCUGGGCAAGGAUAGUCACCAGCGCAUAUAAAGCGGGUAAAGGAAACUGGUACAAUCUUGCCAUCGAGCAAUCCUGUGCAUAUGGAGACCCCAUAGUGGCCUAGAGGAAGAGCAACUGUUGAGAGUGACCCUGUCCACAUGUCCAGAAAGGAAUCCAACUGAGUGCAAUGAAUGAGAAUGUGUUUGCAAUAUGAUUAAUUUUUUUAUUUAACGUGUAUUAAGCAUUAUUAUGAAGCGGUUAUGGAAAUCAAUAGUUUUCUUUAUUGUUUAUUACAAUGUUUGGAAUUAUUUUUCUUAAAAUAACCUUGUUUUGUAAAAUAUUUAUAUUUUUUAAUUGUUAUUUUCUAAUCAUGCUGCGUCAGAAUUUAGGAGCGUGAUAACAAUAUUGCUUAUGGA